AUGAAUACUUCUACAACUUCUGGUGACUUGGAUUCACUUUUCAAAGAACCAGAUAUAGUUGCAUCCGAUCUAUUCGUCGUUGAUUUUUUAAAUAAACACUUCAGUGAAUUGGAAGAUUUGGAAAAGUUAGACUCUGUCUUAGACGAUUUGAGGAAAAAUGAACAAAAUUUGAACAAAAAAUGUAUUCAGUUACAGACACAAUCUUCGAAAUCGCUAAAAGAGUCUCUUGAAUCGUUUAAUUCCAUAUCGAUAGAGCUUGAGGGACUUCAAGCAUCGCGUUUAGAAUUGGAAGAUGAAUUUGCGGAUUAUUGCGACACAUUAAUUUCGACAAAUUCGAGACACUCUCAAGAAACAACAACAAAAGAUAUGACGCUUAUGGAACAAUUAACAAUUCUACAACAACAAGUAGAUAGUUUAAUAAGGUCUAAACAAUACCUCAAAGUCUUAGUAGUUUCAGAAGAAUUAAGUUCACAAGCAAAACAAUUGAUUGAAAAAUCACCACAAAAAGCUCUCAUACCAUAUAUUCAACUCGCACAUUUGUCAUAUGAUAUUAAAUCUAAGAGUCAAGAAGCAGGGCAUGUUGUUACUUAUUUAGACGUAUUUUUACAACAAAGCAAGGAUGCUCUAUGGGAAGACAUGAAAUGUAGAUUGACGAAGAAAUUUGAACAAACACUUGAUUCGCUUAAUUGGCCAACCCCAAUCAAACUUCCUUAUUCUACCUUGACGACAGAAAAAUUAUCAGCAUUUAAAAAAGCAUUCAUAGAGUUACUUUUAUUACAAAGACCUAUCAACGUUUCGGAAGAUUCACAAUCUUCUUCCGAAAAUACCGAUAAUAAUGGUCUUCCACCUCUUCUACCAAUACAAAUAAUGGUUGAACCUUUGAUUAUACGUUUCCGUUAUCACUUUGAAUCAAAGAGACCAACUGACAGAAUUGACAAACCUGAAUGGUAUUUUACACACGUUCUUAAUACAAUUCGUGAGCAUUCUCCAUUCUUACAAGGCGCAGUACAAGCGAUAGUUGAUGAGGCAGGAUUUCAAAUGUAUCACGCAAAAAAUGACUUCAUAAGAUGUUUGCUUGACGCAGUCAUUAGAAAGUUAAGUAAUGAUGCUCCAACAUUAUUAAAUUCAUCUCAAGUUUUUUCACAUACGGUGUUUGAAACAUUGCAAUUUGAUCAAACACUUCGUGAGCUGCAUAUGUACAUUUGCCCUGGAGAAAAAGAAUGGAAGGGUUGUGUAGACGUUUUUACUGGAAAAAAGGAAUGGUUUAAGGCUUGGCUAAAGGUUGAGAAAGAAUUUGUAGAAGCUCGUUAUAAUGAAAUAAUGCAUUCUGAAAAUGCUUGGGAGAUGGAGGAGGAGGAUAUUUCGGAAGAUGAAUACAAACCAACUAAAUCAUCUUUAAAACUAAUUAAUUUACUAGAAUUAAUAACAAGUCGUUAUAGACUAUUACCAAAGUUCCACAAUAGAAUUCGUUUUUUGGCUGAUAUUCAAGCUGCAUUGUUAGAAUCUUAUGCCAAAAGAAUAGAAUCUUCCGUUGAUGCUUUCGAAAAUUUGAGUUAUUCUUUUGUGAGAGCUGUCCCAAAUUCCGUAAAUGUAGAUGGUAAAUCACUAUUGGGUGUAGAAGGUUUAAAAAGGUUAUGUAGAUGGCUUAACAGUGCCGGUUUUGUGAGUCGGACGAUCAAAGAGUGGGGCGAAGAUGCAUUUUUUCUAGAAUUAUGGCAUGAGGUCACGGUACGUGCGUCUCGUAUUACAGGCACGUCAUCCCCGACUUUUUCUGAAAAUUCUAGCAAUCAAACUCAUGAUUCUCCUUCAGAAGAACCAAUCACAGUUGAUGAAGGAACAGUAUUCGAUGAACCAGCAGGAUUAUUUGAUAGCUCAUACCAAAUUCCUUCUCAAGAACAAAUAAAUAAAUCUCUAUUUGUAAAGGAAGUGGCUGUACCUCCAAUGUCAAAGGAUUUUACUAAAAAUACAAUAAUCGAGUUAUCACCAGAACUUUAUGCUCCAUUAUCAGAUCUAGCGCACUCUCUUACAUUUUUAUCGAACAAUUUACCUAUUCGAAUUUUCAAACUGAUUUAUAAAGAGAUAUCAAAAGAAUUGGAAGAAAAUUUAUGGGAUCGAGUAUUAAUGAGAAAUCAAUUUUCUGAAAUGGGUGGCUGGCAAUUUAAAGUAGAUUGCGAGAAAGGAUUAUUCACUGUUGGAAGGCGUUGGAUCCAAAAGCCUGAAAGUUAUUCCAGAAGGUUAAAAGAUGCUUGCAUACUACUUACUCUUCCUUCAACACGUCAAACUACAUUAGUUGAUGAACAAAGUAAAGUUGAUUCACGACAAAAAACUUUAGAACAAAUAGUUUCUGUUUUAUUUGAUGAGGAAUUGGAACCUACAGCAAUAUCUAGAGUGUUAGAGAGUAUAGGGAUUUAUCACUUGUCACAAAAAGAAGCUAAAGAAGUUGUUGGAAGAAGAGUUGAUUGUGGAAAGUAA